AAAAAUACAAAUAAAAUUAUAAAAAUGAAAUUCUUUAUCUGUGGAGUUUUGAUCAGUGCUGUUGCAUUAUUGUGCGUUUAUGCCGAUGAUGAUAAGAAAGAAGAAAUCAAAGUCUACAAACGAUUGAUCCCAGCUGAUGUUCUUCGUGAUUUCCCUGGAAUGUGCUUCGCCAGUACCCGUUGUGCAACAGUUGAACCAGGCAAAACAUGGGAAUUGGCUCCAUUCUGUGGACGUUCAACAUGCGUCGUUUCAGACCACAAUCCACCAAAAUUGCUCGAACUCGUUGAAGAUUGUGGUCCACUCCCAAUUGCCAAUGACAAGUGCAAACUUGACACAGACGCAACAAACAAGACAGCUCCAUUCCCACACUGCUGUCCAAUCUUCAAGUGCGAGCCAGGCGCAAAAUUAGAAUAUCCAGAAAUUAAAGAAGAAAAAGGAAAUUAAAAAGUUUUUUUCGAUUCCUUUUCCCUCCGCUUCUGCUUCUUCCAUCCAUCAAUUAAAACUCAAUUUAUAUUCUAAUUUCGAUGAAUGAUAAACAACAAGAUCUAUUUUUCUAUUUUUCUCUAUCUCACUUGAACAAUAAGUUUGAAUGGAAAUGAGUUUUGCUGUCACAAUCAAUGUUGAUUUGAGGAUUGAUUCCUUAAUGAAAAUUUCUCAACAAGCAAAAUUGAUCUUUUUAAUUGAAUUUGUUGUUUUGUAAUUCUUAUGUUGAACUUUUUUUGAUUGAAUCGUGCAACUUUUUAGUGUAAAUUUGAAAGUUUAACGACAUAAAAUUAACUGAAGUAAAUUUAGAACACUGUGAAUUAAUUCACAAUUGAAUAAAAUACUAAUUUGAAUAUUCGAUCGAGAUUUCAUCAGAAUUCACAUUUAAAUCAUUAAAAAAAUGAAAUAAAUCCUGAAUUAUUAAAAACAUUCCAAC